CACGGCUGCAGUUGCAGUAUUUCCUUUCAGAACAGAGACGCGAGAAGUGUCUGCUGAGCGAAUUUGACAUUGAAGUGGAGCCCUGCAGAGCCGGAUGUGCGAAGGGAGGCCUGUCUGUGGCAGUGACGCAGUAUCAGUGUUGGUAUCUCCCUGCUAGGUCUGUUUUGCACGGGAGUUGUGCUGUACAACCAUGGCCACUGGAGCAGUCCUUGACCCAGAUAUCAUCAGGGAGGUCCUGGAAUGCUCAAUCUGCAUGGAGACUUUCAACCAGGACCAGUUACGGCCCAAACUCCUGCAGUGUGGGCAUACUGUGUGCAGGCAGUGCCUGGAGAAGCUGCUUGCAAGCACCAUCAACGGAGUGCGCUGCCCCUUUUGUAGCAAAGUGUCCAGGAUGAGUAACAUCUCCCAGCUUGCUGAUAAUUUUACUGUUCUUAAAAUCAUUGAGUGUGCAAGCUCCAGUGCAACAACAUGUUUGAUGUGCAGAGUGUGCAGGAACAGACUACCAAAGCAGUACUGCCAGGUGUGCAGGUUGGUGCUGUGUGAUGCCUGCAAAGCUGAGGGACACGAGCAGCAAGGCCACCCUGUGCUUGCCAUCCAUGCUGCGGCCGAGCAGCGCAGGAGAGACGUGGGGGAGAAACUAUCUGCUUUGCGGCAGAUGAUGCAGGAUAUACAGAAGAAGAAGUCUGCUCUAGAUGGAGUUUUCAGAAACCUGCGGUUAAAGUACAAAUCCGUGCAACAGGACUAUGCUAAAGCUGAGCUUGGAUUACAGGACGAGCUGACAAAGUCUCGCAAGGCUUUUUACGGUUCCUUGUCAGAAAUUGAAAAACUGAACAACCAGGUUCUCGAGGAACAGACCUAUCUUUUAAACCUGGCGGAAGUCCAGCUGGUGUCGAGAUGUGACUAUCUCACCAUGAAAAUAAAGCAGGCAGAUAUUGCCCUGCUGGAAGAGGCCAUUGACGAGGAGGAGCUGGAUUUGAAGUGCAACCUUCCUGUGCUUCUGAAGCUGCAGGAGCCUGAACUGGUCCAAGCUGAACACCUGGAGCCUCUGGGUGUGGGGCAGGUCAGAACAAACCAGGUCACUGUGAACACGGAAGAGGAUUACCAGGAACAGGCACAAUCUUCGUUCAAUUUGUGUCGAGAUGUUGACAUGGUGGCUGAAAAAACUUGCUCUUUGACAGCGUCGCCAAGCUUCAAACCAAAGGCUGCGGAGUCAGGGGCUUCUGGAUCACAGCAGUGCCAGUUCAUUAAGAAAAUGGGCUGCAAGGGCAAUCUGCCUGGCAUGUUUAAUCUCCCUGUUAGCUUGUGUGUUACAAUGCAAGGGGAGGUGCUCGUGGCCGAUCGUGGAAACUACAGAAUUCAGAUUUUCAAUCGGAAGGGCUUCCAAAAAGAAAUCCGACGAAGCCCUAGUAGCAUUGACAAUUUUGUUCUCAGUUUUCUUGGGGCAGAUCUUCCAAAUUUGAUACCACUGUCUAUAGCCGUUAACAGUCAGGGUCUGAUAGGCGUCACAGAUAACUAUGACAAUUCAGUGAAGGUGUACACACCUGACGGCCACUGUGUAGCAUGCCACAAGAACCAGCUGAUUAAACCGUGGGGCAUUGCAGCAAUGCCUUCAGGACAGUUUGUGGUCACGGAUGUGGAAGGGGGCAAACUGUGGUGUCUUGCGGUGGAUCGCUGUGUGGGGGUUGUGAACUAUAGCAGGCUGUGUUCAGCUGUCCGCCCCAAGUUUGUUACCUGUGACAGCAGCGGGACUGUGUAUUUCACUCAGGGUCUGGGAUUAAACAUAGAGAACAGACACAACGAGCAUCAGCUGGAAGGAGGCUUUUCCAUUGGGUCUGUGGGUACCGACGGACAACUGGGCAAACAACUGAGCCAUUUCUUUUCAGAAAAUGAGGACUUCCGCUGCAUUGCUGGAAUGUGUGUGGAUUCCAGAGGAGAUCUACUGGUCGCAGACAGCGGUCGGAAAGAGAUUUUGCACUUUCCCAAAGAAGGGAGUUUCAAUGCCUUGAUCCAAGAAGGGCUAACGUGUCCUGUUGGUCUUGCCAUAACUCCUAAAGGCCAGCUGUUGGUGUUGGAUUGCUGGGACCACUGUGUAAAAGUGUAUACUUAUCACCCAAGAAGACAGUCAUGCACAGACUAGGGCUAAAACCCCAGAAUGUCGUUUUGCAAUAUAUUCAACAUCUCUCUUCUGUUUCCAUUCAUAUAGGAAACGAUAUGCUUCAAAUUCAGGAAACACUGCUACUAUAUUUUAGUGCAGAAAGCAAAAUAUUGGUGUUAAGUGUAUGUCCAAAAAAAAAAAGUGGCCACCCCUUUAUGUUCAUAUGUUAAUAAAUAAAUAAAUAAAACACCACACACAUCAGCGUAGUCAGCUGGUGACCGUUUUAAAAUGAACUAGUCAUGUAAUUACUGCAGUAACGUUCCCUAUGCAUUUAUACAUGUUGAUGUAAAAAAGGAUGGUGACUAAUUAGAUUCUUCAAUCAUAUUGAAAUAUGCAGGGAGUCUGGUCCCAGGUACAGGACAAACAGAUUACUCGUUCUUACAAUUUUUGCAUGACU